AAGACCGCUUUAUCUGAAUAUUUUUGGUGCUCUCAAAGUCGGUCUAUUUUUAUAGAUUAGAGAGAGAGAGAAAAUAUAAAACAGAUUUGUCUUUUUAUUUCUUUGCAUUCAAUUCUUUCCUUUCUUUUUCUCCUCCAUCAUUCUUUCUUUCCUCUCUCUCUCUCUGUCUCUCUGUGUGCAAGCUACAGAGAUGAUCUUGAAAGGAGCAAUAACGAGGCUGUUAUGCCAUUAAUGGGGUUUUCAAGGGUGUUUGGAGGGCAAGUUCUUGAAGAAGAAGAAGAGCAAUUGGAAGCAAAGCUUUUACAAAGCCCUUUCAUGGCUACCAAUAAAGUCAUCAAUCACUCAACUCAACUAGAAGAGCAGCAACAAAAUCAACAUCAUCACCACCAUCAUCAACAUCCACAACAGCAGCAGCAAGAACAACAUCUUCAGAUACAAGAGAAUCAUCACCAUCAGCAGACUCCUUAUGGAAUGAUGCAAUCAUCGUCAUCAUCCUCAAUCCCUGGGACCUUCAUCAGAAGCAAAGAUGCUGGAGCUUAUGACUUGGGAGACUUGGAUCAAGCUCUUUUUCUUUAUCUUGACGGACAAGACCCUUCCACUGUUCAAGACCAAAGACAGAGUUCUGGAAUGAGGCCUCCAACUCUGAACAUUUUCCCUUCUCAGCCUAUGCAUGUAGAACCAUCAUCAGCAAAGGCUAAUACUCCAGGAUUAGUUUCUCCAAUAACUAGUGGUUCUAAGAGACCAUCAGAACCGACCGUGGAGUUGGCCAACGCAAGAAAUGAUGCUGCAUCUGGGCCUGAACCAGCCAAAGCUAUCAAGGUAGCUAGAUUAGGACGCGAAGGGAACCGUAAAGGUCCAACAACUUCUAGUUCAGAGCAGGAAGGACCCAAGACUCCAGACCCUAAGACACUGAGAAGACUUGCUCAGAAUAGAGAAGCAGCGAGGAAAAGCAGGCUUAGAAAAAAGGCUUACGUUCAGCAGCUAGAGUCAAGUAGAAUUAGACUAACCCAACUGGAACAAGAGCUACAAAGAGCCAGAGCUCAAGGUCUAUUCUUCGGUGGAGGAGGUCUUCUAGGUGGAGAUCAAGGCCUUCCUGUAGGUAUCAGCAAUAUUAGCUCAGAUGCUGCGGUAUUCGACAUUGAGUAUACCAGAUGGCUGGAGGAGCACCAUCGUCUCACAUGUGAGCUUCGAGCAGCUGUGCAGGAACAUCUACCUGAAAACGAGCUUAGGCUCUUUGUGGACAACUGCUUAGCUCACUAUGAUGAGGUGAUGAGCCUCAAAGGCAUGGUUGCCAAAUCCGACGUCUUCCAUCUUGUUUCUGGCAUGUGGAAGACUCCUGCCGAGCGUUGCUUCAUGUGGAUGGGAGAUUUCCGGCCUUCAGACCUCAUCAAGAUAAUAUUGAACCAAAUCGAGCCCUUAACAGAGCAGCAAAUCUUGGGGAUAUGUGGAUUGCAGCAAUCCACACAGGAGGCUGAAGAAGCUCUAUCACAAGGGCUUGAAGCUCUGAAUCAAUCUCUGUCAGAUACUAUAGCGUCUGAUUCAUUAAGCUGCCCUCCUAAUAUGGGUAACUACAUGGGCCAAAUGGCUGUGGCCAUGAACAAGCUAUCCACACUUGAAGGUUUCGUUAGACAGGCAGAUAAUCUGAGGCACCAAACCCUUCAUCGGCUGCAUCAGAUAUUGACAACCCGCCAAGCAGCGAGGUGUUUCCUGGCGAUUGCCGAGUACUUCCAUCGUCUCCGAGCACUGAGUUCCCUGUGGUUGGCUCGUCCCCGGCAGGAAUAAUAGAAACCUAGAAGCAAUAGCCACUUUUAUAUCUUUAUUUAGUAUUUCUAUCUCUUUUCUCUCUCAAUUAUUAAAAUAUGUUUUCUUUUGAUGAUAUUUCUUUUGCUUACUUUAUACAGAGAUGUAUAGAUCAUAGACAAAAGGUAGAUUGAAUUUAAAGCCGUAGAACUUUCUUUC